AUGGCACCCAAAUCCCAGCAAAAACUAAAAAUUGCAACAGCGCAGGUCCAUACAGUUCAUGACUCUCGACGGGCACUCGACGUGCUUGAAACAAGGGUGCGAAAACUGAGCGCCGAACAUGUGGAUCUUGUCCUCUUCCCAGAAGUCUUUGUUGGCGGGUUUCCACGGCUAUCUACCUUUGGCAACUCUGCAAUUGGAAUAUUUGGAGAUGAAAAAGACUAUAGCCCAUGGGUGAAUCAUUGGCGAGCAUCUGCUGAUCUUGGAGAUACGCCUAAAGGAGCUGGUCAAAAAUGGAUCAAACGGGAACUGCCUCGACCUCCUAACCGUGCCUACCGGGGAGAUGGGACGAGGGAGCGACUGGAAAAGAUAGCAGCUGAUACCGGCGUCUUCAUAAUAGUUGGUGUUGUUGAAAGAUCUGGCGGAACACUAUACAGCUCUAUUGUUUAUAUAUGCCCCAGGCUGGGGAUAAUUGGAAAGAGACGCAAGGUAAUGCCGACAGGACUAGAGAGAGUUGUGUGGGGCCAGGGGAGCCCCUCAACGCUCGAAGCGGUCUCAACGACAAUUAAAGGAAAUACUAAAGAUGAGUGUAUAGCUGCAAUUUGUUGGGAAAACUGGAUGCCGCUGUUGCGGCAAAGCAUCUAUGAGCAGGGGAUAAAUCUCUUUCUGGGACCUACCGCGCAUGCUACAGAGAUCUGGGUGCCAUUAAUGCAGACAAUCGGAGUUGAAUGCAAUGCGUUUGUGUUAUCAGCCACGCCCUGUAUCAGGGCAAGCGACCUCCUAGAAUGGAUAACUGAAGCAGCUGAGCGCGGGGAGGAGAUAGUGAGCAGAGGAGGAUCGGUGAUUGUGUCCCCCAGUGGCGAUGUUCUCGGAGGCCCAGGGUGGGAUAAUGAGGAUGAACUUUUUAUCGCAGAAGUUGACUUUGCGGAUUGUAAGCCAUCAGGAGACGACGGGGUGGCGAUGGCUCAUGCGAAGAACAAUGACUUUGUUUUCACCGUUGACGGGCUAGACAUGAGAAUUGCAUAA